AUGGUACCGCGUAAGUUGAAAUGUGCGUUCCGGAAAUUUCAGGAUGCAACUAUAUGUUUCAAUGGUGGCACGUGUGUGAAUACGAAUGGCUCAUGGUACUGCAGAUGCCCGUCUGAGUACAAAGGGCGCAACUGUAUGGAGCAUAUCGACCUGUGUGAGGUGAGCCCGUGCCGGAACGGUGGGACGUGCUUGGAUUAUGGACGUCGUAUUGCGUGCUUGUGUGAGCCGGGUAAGUAUCCAGGGAGAUGGGUGGGUAGUUUUGGGAAUUUUACCCGAGUUAGCCUAGUGGUGAAGCGGUGA